CCGGGCCGGAUGUGCGGUUGCACACUGAAGUGCUGGACGAAAAUGGCGCUGUGUGUCAGUGAAUGUUGUUAAAGUCGUGAGUCUUUCUGCUGUCCGUGUCUUCUCUGCGAUUAAUAAUGAAGAUAAAGAUGAUGAAGAUGAUGAAGAUGACGGUGUAUCAGUGCUGCAGUGAGUGUGUGCUCGGCUGAAGCGCGUGUGGAGCAGCUCUGGUCUCUGAAGCGCUCCUGGAUGCAGGAGAUGAAGCCGGCUGCGCUUUCGGGCUCCAAUGGCCUGAAUGGAGCUUCAGGAUCGUCGGUGCGUGUCCCCUGCAGCCGUCUGUCCCGCGCGGGCCGCAUGGCGCUGGAUCUGCAGAGUAAGUGUGCUGCGUAUGUUCUGGCUCUGCGGCCGUGGAGCUUCAGCGCGUCUCUCACGCCCGUGGCUCUGGGCAGCGCUCUGGCCUACAAGCUGGAGGGCUCGGUGGACCUGCUGCUGCUGCUGGUGUGCGCGGUGGCCGUGCUGCUGGUCCACGGAGCCGGAAACCUGGUCAACACCUACUACGACUUCUCCAAGGGAAUCGACCAUAAGAAGAGUGACGACCGCACGCUGGUGGACCAGAUCCUGAAGCCGCAGGACGUGGUGAUGUUUGGAGCGGUGCUGUACUCUGCAGGAUGUCUGUGCGCCACGCUGCUCUACUUCCUGUCCAGCCUCAAACUGGAGCAUCUGGCGCUCAUUUAUUUUGGAGGACUGUCCAGCUCGUUUCUCUACACCGGAGGAAUCGGGCUGAAGUAUGUGGCUCUGGGAGACGUGGUGAUCCUCAUCACCUUCGGGCCACUAGCGGUGAUGUUUGCUCAUGCGGUUCAGGUGGGAUACCUGUCGGUGCUGCCGCUAGUGUACGCCGUGCCGCUAGCGCUAAACACUGAAGCCAUCCUGCACAGCAACAACACGCGGGACAUGGACUCAGACAAGCAGGCGGGCAUCGUGACCCUGGCCAUCCUGCUGGGACCCACGCUCUCAUACGUCAUCUACAACCUGCUGCUGUUUGUGCCCUACCUGCUCUUCUGCAUCCUCGCCACGCGCUACACCAUUAGCAUGGCGCUGCCGCUGUUAACGCUGCCCAUGGCGUUUCCACUGGAGAGGCAGUUCCGGUGCCGGUGUUACGCCAAAAUCCCGCAGAAAACAGCCAAGCUCAACCUGCUGAUGGGACUGUUCUACGUGUUCGGGAUUAUCUUGGCUCCGCAGGGCAGCCUGCCGUUAUUGUGAAUUUCUUUUAUUUGUUUUAAAUGAGUUACUUUUGUAUUUAUAGCAGAGCUAAUUUAAAGUGGAAAGACGUUCAUUUGUUGUUGUGGAUUUGUUUUGUUUUUUGGGGGGAGUGAGCAGCUACUGCACUGCAGAACGUUACGAGGGGAGAAUUAAAAGCUUCUCCUACUCUGAGCUUUGGUCUUGAUUUGAGCUUUUGUAGAUAUUUAGACUAACAACAAGACGCACAAAUGUUUGUGUUGAGUUUAGAAAGAUAAAACACUCCAAAUGAAGAGAGUCUUUCAAUAAAACAAGCCAAAUAAAUAAUAUAAAUAGAAAUAAAUAAUAAUAGUAACUUUUAAAAAAGAUUAUUUUGCUUGUUUUCAUGAGAAACUCUCUUCAUUUUGACUCGAUAUUUCUUAAAUCAACACAAUAUUCAGUGCUUGUCUAGAAAAUGCUUCUUGAUUUAAGAGUUUUGAGAUGUUUGGACUAGAAACAAGACAAAAACAGAGUAAGAAAAACAUUUCCUGCAGUGUAAAGUGCAUAGGCUGUCCAGGACAUCAGUGUUGUAAAAACAGAGCAGUCUGUGAAUGAAGAAAUGAUAUAUAUAUAUAGUUUACUAGUGGAUGAAUCAGCGUUUCAGAUAACCUAAGGGCCGUUCUGAGUAGAGAUGAUUAUUUUGUAAUUGGAUUUGAUUGUAUGAUUUUGUUUUAUAAAAACUAUGAAAUCCGUCAGAACUGAAGCACAAGCUCUUGGUGUGGUCAACGGUUGCUGUUCUAUUUGAGUAGCUUUGGCAUUAAAUUAAGUCAUUGUUUAGUUCUAGUGCCAUUGACUUUGUAUGACGUUUUCAAUUGACUUUUGUUUAUAUUUUUUUGCCAAAUGAACGACCCUCCAGACUGCUCAAUCCACAAGAAAUCUUUAGUCAAAUAAAAUCGAUGCUCCUCAGCUGGAUCUUAAAUGAUAGACAGAAUGCGGUACAGGACUCUUUUUCCCAAAAUAAAUCAUUUACCAAUGUAA